AUGAUGAUAAGGUGUACGGUUAAAGCGCCCGUCCUGGUGACGCUGGUGCUUGUUAGCACGGUGCUGAUGCAAGUUACACCAGGUGCAGGACAGUGGGCCGGGCAGCCAGUAAACCGGCGACCGGUGCUGCAACCGGUUGAAGUUCCAGUGCAGCAACUAAAUACUAGACCUGUGCAGAGAGUGGCGCAGGCACCCGUAGGUACCCCGCAGGCACCGGCAGGACCGCGUCCGUUCGUGUACAACCCGGCGUCGGCCGCCGUGACAGAGUUGGCCCGUUUCAUUGGGCGCAUCCUGGGGCAGAAGAAUAAGGCGGCCGUCUUCUCGCCGGUCAGCAUCGCUAGUGCUCUCUCGCUGUUGUUAAUUGGGGCGAACCGGGAGACCAAGCAGGAGCUGAUACGAGUGCUUGGGUUCCAGCGUUACUCGAACAACCUCGACACCAUCCACCAGCUGUACAGCGACAUGCUGAACGACCUGGCGCGGACGGAGUUUAGCUUGACGCCACCUCGCUGGCGCACGUCUAAUCCUUGCUACGACGACGAUGACGAUGAUGGUGGCGACGAGGGCGAGGGCUACCCGAAACCGACCAAGGAUACGGUCCGCGUUACGAAUGCGGUGUUUGUGCGCGAGGGGCUACGGUUGAGCGACAACUUCCUCUGGUCUACCGGUCGGUACUACAACAGCACCGCGGCAAACGUACCGUUUGCAUCGGACCCGGAUCGGGCGGCGCAGUACAUCAACGCCUGGGCCGACCGGAGCACCGAGGGCAAGAUCCGUGACAUUGUGUCGGCGCAGGUCGCGGCCGAGUCGGAGAUGAUCGUCGCCAGUGCACUGUACUUCAAAGGGCUCUGGUCGGAGCCGUUCGAGAAGCAGGCGACCGAAAUGAAGCCGUUCUAUACUGAUGGCCACGAGCGGCCCAGCAAGCAGGUCCCAACAAUGAUCACCGUCGGUUGCUUCCCGUACUACGACGCGCAGAAAUACGACGCCAAGGUCAUCGGCCUUUCCUACCAGGGCAACCAAUCGGCGCUCUACAUCCUCAUGCCGAACAACUCGACGAGGUCGCGUAUGAUCGAGUUUCAGGCUAACCUGACGCCAGCCAUGAUCGGUGAGAUGGUACAGAGCAUGACCAUGCGCAAGAUGUACCUGCAGCUGCCGAAGAUGUCGAUUACCAAUACGAUCAAUUUGCGUGACGUGCUGCAGCAGCUCGGUGUGCGCACGCUGUUCAACCGUGGCCAGAGUGACCUCUCCGAAAUGGUUGCACGUCCUACCCCGAUCGACCUGUUCGCGACGCGCCUCGAUGCUGAUUCUUCGGGGUCUUUCGUCUUUCCGCUCGACAAUGCGGACCCAGAGCCGACCGACAGUCGAAGGCGCGGAAGUGACAGCCUCAAUAUCAACGUAGAGAGUGCAGUUGGCCAGGACACUCGGGUGCCACAGUCGCAGUUACACGUCAGUGAGUUCAUUCAUCGCGUCGAGUUAGACAUCAACGAGAAAGGAACCGAGGGUGGCGCCAUCACGACGUCCACCGUCUUCCGGGCGCUCCCAUCGAUCCACGUCCGAAUCGAUGCACCCUUCCUGCUGCUGCUCGGUCACGACGAAACCCGACUGCCGCUGUUCUAUGGAUCAAUCUUCGACCCAACGCCCUAACCAGACAACGUGACAAAGGAUCUUUUACUGUGUCAAGGCAGCAGGGCGCCCAGGACGCUCCGGGAAUCUACGACCGAGAUCGUAUUUUAUAUUAUUACUUUUAACCGUUAAAAACAAUAUGGGGCGAUUCCGUUCCUAGUGAAGGCAUUUUAUUCGUAUGUACAUUCUUAUGACUGCGCCUUUGGUUCGCAAAUAUUGAAGCUGUGCAAGCUAAAAAUGAACUGCGUGCAAACGGACGUGUAAUCAAUCGUGUGUGGUUUUAGUCCAUAGUACCAAGUAAGCCAAUAAAAUUACUACGUCGUGUAUACAAGACCUACUCCUGCUGCGUGGUUGUGCCGUUUGUGUUCGGUGACUUUAUUCCAUUUAGAUGGCAGUUUCAUCAUAGUCGCGAAUGUGCCGUGGGAUUGAAAUUGCCGUAUUA